AAGCACUAAAACCGGCAAGAUGGGAAUGCUGGACAAUCUAAGUUUUCUUGACGAUGUGCGGCGCAUGAAUAAACGCCAGCUCUACUAUCAGGUGUUAAACUUUGCUAUGAUAGUCUCCUCCGCUCUCAUGAUAUGGAAAGGGCUGAUGGUGGUCACAGGCAGUGAGAGUCCUAUAGUUGUGGUGCUAAGUGGUAGCAUGGAACCGGCUUUCUAUCGUGGCGACCUCCUCCUCCUCACCAACUACCAAGAGGAGCCCAUCCGUGUUGGUGACAUUGUCGUCUUCAAAAUUCAGGGAAGAGAAAUUCCAAUCGUUCAUAGAGUUUUAAAAAUCCAUGAAAAGGAGACUGGCUCAGUGAAAUUUUUGACAAAAGGUGACAAUAAUUCAGUUGAUGAUCGAGGAUUGUAUGCCCAUGGACAACUUUGGUUGCAGAAGAAGGAUGUGGUUGGAAGAGCUAAAGGAUUUUUGCCGUAUGUGGGAAUAGUGACUAUACUAAUGAACGACUACCCCAAACUAAAGUAUUUUGUUUUAGCAUUCCUUGGGAUAUUCGUGCUAAUACAUCGCGAAUGAUAUUCGGAGAAAGGGGCCACCUAGAGGGAGUGAGGACACCUAGGAGUACCUUAUAUCUUUGUAAAUUUUAGGCCCUUUUGUUGAAAAAGUUAUCCUUUAAUAUCAGUUUCGAAAAACAGGCUGGCAUUGGCAAUUUAUUUUUCACAAGUUGAAUUGUGGUUUACCUUGCAAUUGCAUUAAUACAUUUUGGCACCUGUAGAUUUUUGAUAGCCAUCAGGAAUAAAAUAAAUUUUCAGUUAUUUUCAAAAUACAUGGUACUGGUACUCGUAAUAAACGUCACGACUUAUCAUGUUCCGACUAAAACAAUUUGAUUAUAGUGUUCAAUAAAAAAAUCUCGUAAAUUCUGAAAAGUACACCAAAAAUGUUGAACCAUCAAAUCAUUCUCAAAAAAUGUUUGGUGGCAUUUUUGGAAAUGAUGUUGGGUCACUUUCUACACCUUUCUUAAUUAAAUAAGAAUGAACAUUGAUUGGAUCUGCAGUCAAAUGAGGACAAAUCAAAAUCAUGUGUAAUGAGACGCCACUAAGCUUCGUCUCGGCACAUAAUGAUCUAACGCAAUCAUUUAUUCCUCUUGGAUGUGUUGUCCCUUAUUUAUUCUGGUGGGGUUGAAUAUCGUGGCCUGUUCUGUUUUUCUCAGUCCGGUAGUAGUUUGUGUGUUUGCUUAUUUCAAUUCAUUGAAAACGGGGAGAGAACUAAGAUCUUGGCACAAGAAGUGCUGCAUAUGCUUCAGAAAAAUUGGAUCUCAUUCAUUGCCCAUAAACAUUUCGCUAUGUUGCGUUCUAGUUAUAUCGUCCCGUUGAUUAUCAAGACGGAUUUAAGCAAAUACUGUGCUUCGCCUCAGUUGAGUCAGCAGUCAAUUAGAGCAGUAUUCAUCUGGCCUAUACAUGCAGAUCUGCGAUUAGCAGCACGGUGUACCUGAUCGGACAAUCCAUUCAUAAACCCCAAUCUGCUGAUGGUCGUGCACCAAGAAGAGUUCUCCACAAGGUUUUCUCAAGGUAAUGUUGUACCAUUGAUCAUCAGGAAGUUUUGCCAGUGUGCAGCACAAGGUAUAGUGGCAAGCAGUUUAAGGUAGGGUGGCCCUGUUGAAACAUUUUACAAGUUCUAGAGCAAGGUAGAGUGGCUGCUUCUGAGGUAGGGUGGGACGCCCUGACAAAUAGCCUUGUGGAGAACACUGCUAAGCAGAUGUUACUUUAAAAUCAAUAUGUAUUUCUAUACAGAAUCAUGGGGAGAAACAGAUAAAUCUAUGUCAUACUAUCCUCGAGCUCUGUGCACAUUAAGAUAUAUGGGGUUGUAGGCCAGAUGUAUACUGCUUCUAGUUAACUGCUGGAGUUAAACAUAGGUUGCUAACCUUUUCGCGCGUGUACGCCAGCUGUAGCCUUGCUAUUAAGAUGAUCACAAAAGUAUCUUGGGCCUGAUUACUUUAUCAAUUCUCAAUUUUGUUAGGGUUUUUAAUUGGUUGGAUGAAUUAUUGUUUGUGGUGAAAGUCUUGUGCCCUGUGUCGGAAACACAUCAAUUUGAUUAUUUUGUUUAAUUGGCGACGCUCUUAUUCAAAGAAGUAGUGACUGGAUAUCAAUUUUGUGGUAUAAAUUGUCGUUAAAGGGACAACUUGGGCAUGAGAUUUAUCUGGCCAGGAGGAUAAUAAUAAUACCCCUGCUUGCCACAAUGCUCCGCCACUGGUAGUAUCACACCGAGGCUGGUCUCUAAUAAUGAUUUUUGCCAGUGUUGCCAGGCAGUUUCAGACAUGGCUUUUGAAUUUUAGGCGGGCCUGUAGUUACAUCCCGUUCUAGUGCAUGGUUUAUAUUGCAGUUCAAAAAUUUUUCAAUUAUCCUGUUUGGAGGUGUUUUGGUCCUGCUGGAAGCCAUUUUGAAUUAAAACCAACACAUCUCAUGCCCUGAUUGGUCCUUUAAUUGAUAAGGUGCUUCUUAUGAAGUAUUGCAAUGGGUUCAAGAUACAUUUUCCUGUGGAAUUGUCUGGAACGAUAAAUUAGAAAUUUUUCUAAAUUAGAAAUUUUUCUAAAUUAGAUUUAGAAGAGGAAAUGCUUUGCAAUACAAGGGUGAUGUGAGAACCAAGCGUUGAUCCUCUGCAAAUAUUCAAGAAUAUUGACAUCCCAGUAAAUCUGUACAAGUUGAGAAACUACAUGUUAGAUGUAUGCAUUUAUAUUCAACAUCAAUAAAUGUCUUUUAAAUAUUAA